AUGGCCGCCGCCGCCGACGCCGGCUGCGUUUUCCCGGAGGAUAUCAUGGCGUCCAUUCUCACGCGCCUCCCCGUAAAACCCCUCGCCCGCUUCAAAUCAGUCUGCAAGCCCUGGCUCCGCCUCCUCUCCUCGCCCCAAUUCAUCAAAUCCCACCACGCCCACCUCUUCUCCGACCCCAAGAACGAGUCUUUCUUGCUCCACAUCCCCACCAGCAACUCCAUUUCCCUCCUCAACCUCCACCGCACCCCCAAAACUCCGGCUGCCAUCCGCCACCCCUUCUCCCACACAGAAUCCCCCUUCUAUAUCAUCGGUUCCUGCCACGGCCUGAUCUGCCUCGUCUCCGGCCGGAAAAUCUUCCUCUGGAACCCCGCCCUCGGACUAUCUAAGGAGAUCCCCCCGCCGGAGGACUGCGGGCCGGAUCGGAGGGCCUCCCUCGGAUUCGGCUACUCGUCGUCCUCAGCUGAUUUUAAGGUUGUGAGGCUCGUGGGCAUGCGAAGCCCGUGCCCCACCGACGGCCUAAUCAUCCUCUGGGCCAACCUGUACUCUGCGAAUUCGGAUUCUUGGACACGGGUCGAGCUCGAUCUCCCGUUCCUCAUGGUGUGGGAACCUGUGUGCAAUGUGAUUGUGGGCGGGUGCCCAUAUUGGUCAACGGAGGGCAAUGGGAAUGGAAUGGGGUGGUUCGAUGUGAAUGAUACAGUUUUCAAGAAACUGUCCAGCAUCGACCUCCCGAACAAGGGCUCGGGAAUCAAAUUUUUCGACAUGGAUGGACGACUAGGAGCCCUAGUGUAUGAUUCAUUCGUGUACAAGGAGUUGGAUGAGCUGCUCCAUGUUUGGUCGUAUGAUGAUGUGGACGGGAAAUGGAGGAAGAUGCAGAGUUUUAGGCGGCCUGUCAAUGUGGCCCGUCAACUCUCAAGAAAUGGGAGGAUUGUGGCUGUAAAUCGUGACGUUAGCUUGAGAGAUGGGAUGAUGAUUGUGUCUAUAAAGCCCGGCUCUAGGCUAUUCGUGUAUGAUCCUGUGACAGAAGGUCUUGAGUACGUAUCUUAUGCUUAUCCUACAACUACAAACUCGUUGUGUUCGUACACUGAGAGUUUGGCGUACGUGGAGGGAAUGAAGCCGAUGUAG